AUGAUUCAGUUCAUGUGCUCAUUGAGCGUGUGCCAUGUAGGCAGCGUGGUGCCCGGCCACGAAGGCGAAGGGUUACGCAUCAGAGAUGCAAAGGUGUUCGUGAGCUCGGAGAGCUGGAGAACGCAAGGAUGA